UAAUUUGUACACAUCAUCCCCAAUCUAGAUCUCGAAUCCCUAAAAUUAAUGGCUAAUCAAUUCAACGUGCCGCCGGUAGUUUUCCCGUCAGGCGGUAACCCAGGGCCACAACAACGGCGUCUUCCAACGGCACCGUUUCAACCACCAAAAUCAUCAUCAACAAACCCUAGCAUACCUUUUAUGUCCUUCGAUGUGGGGUCCGCUGCUGCUUCCACGUCAUUCUCCACUCCACAAUUCGCUUCCACAAUCGGUGGCGGCGGCGGCGUUGGCGGCACGGGUUUCGAGGACGAACCGCCGUUGUUAGAGGAAUUAGGGAUUAAUACUAAGCAAAUUUACCAAAAGACCCUUUCGAUUUUGAAUCCGUUUAGGGUUAAAGCUGAUCUACAUGAAGAUGCUGACUUAUCUGGGCCGUUUAUUUUUCUUAUGGCGUUUGGGUUGUUUCAGUUGCUUGCUGGGAAGCUACAUUUUGGGAUUAUAUUGGGUUGGGUUAUUAUGGCUUCCUUGUUUCUCUAUGUUGUGUUUAAUAUGCUCGCCGGCCGAAAUGGUAAUUUGGACUUGUACAGGUGUGUCAGCCUGAUCGGAUAUUGUAUGCUGCCUAUUGUGAUAUUAUCAGCGAUCUCAUUGUUUUUACCUGGCGGAUUGGUCAUCAAGGUGGUGACGGGAGCUUUUGUGAUAUGGUCCACGCGGGUUUGCACUAGGCUUGUGGUUGAACUGGCAUCUUGUGGGGAUGAGCAUCGUGGGCUGAUCGCGUAUGCUUGUUUCUUAAUUUACAUGCUUUUCUCUUUGCUAGUGGUAUUCUGAAUUAGAUUUAUGUAUUAGUAUAUUGCAGUUUAUGGCUCGAUCAAUUUUUUAGUACUUUGGAGAGUUUAACUGAUGGGGUUAAAGUUCGUUAGUUCUGUUCGGCAAAGAUGAACAUAAAGAAAUGAAUUAUGUAGUUUUAAUUUCACGAUUUGUUAUAGUUGGAGGAGAGUUGUGUUUUAGUUUCUUCCUAUUUUUUGUAAUGUCUUGCUUUUUUUCUACAAUAUCAAAAACAUUUUGUGAAGUUUUUUCAAUUUUGCUAGAAUUUUCCUUCCUUUUU